UACAGGAGAGCCCUUGACGCAGGAGAGCAAAGACAGAGACCAACCAGCCCAACGUGAAGGAAACAAGGCCUCCAUUGUAGACACUGCCUGACUGGCAGGGUUACUCAACAUCCUUGGCUUUCAACAUGAUUCCCUGGUCACGGGCUACUCAACUGGUAGCCCACGGAAGAAAUCUAGCAACAACUGCUGGUGGUGGGCAGCAUGGAUCAAGUGGCCGGACAUGGAAGAUCCUGUCCUUUGUGGUGGCACUUCCUGGAGUGGCCGUCUGCAUGCUGAAUGUUUGGUUGCAGCAGAAAAACCACCCCCGCAGUCCACCUGAAUUUAUCCCAUUUCAGCAUUUGCGCCUGCGAACAAAGCCUUUCCCCUGGGGUGAUGGAAACCACACCUUGUUCCACAACCCUCAUAUGAACCCACUACCCACAGGUUAUGAAGAUGUAGGCCAUCAACGCUGAGCCAUUGCUGUUCUCUCUCUCUCUCUCUGCUGUGGUGGGAGAUGAACAGGUCUUGGUAUUACUUCACUGCUUUGUGAUAGCGUUCAAUACCUAUGGACAAUAAAAGACAUUUCAAUUGAUGAAA